UCCCAGGUGGGGGUCCUGCUCACCAGCAGACCUCACAGGCAGCCAGGUACUCAGAGGGGGCAUUCUUCCAGUGGGACUAGGGGCUUUCAGCCACUGAGAUCCUUGAGCUGGCCCAUGUGAGCCCCCAGUCCCCGCACACAUAAGGGCGAUGCAAGAAGGGGCAGCAGCAUUCACCUGGGCAAACCCAGGCUGCCCCAGAACAGCAUGCUAAGACUGUAAAUAAUUUGGAGCAGAUAGUCUCUUUUGUCAUCACUGUAUGGUAUCUAGCACUGUGUGUGGUGAUUCAUGGGUGGGUCUUAUGUUGUCACAUUAACAUAUGAUUAUGAAACAGUGAUAUUAAGCCGUUAUUACUGUUACCAAGCACCACCCCUAGGAAGUUACAGGCUUCACCAGCACAUCUGACGACUACCUGGCAGCAUUAAGGAACGUUUCACUGCUGAGGGCUGGGUCUGGCCACACUCAGGCUGACUCCUUGCACCUGUGCUGAGCUCCCCGGAGGACCCUGGUGCCACCCUGGGAACAGUGCAGCAGGGGCUGGUUUGCAGGUGGGGAGACAGCAAUGCUGCUGCGAGGUAUGUGAGGAAUCUUUCUUCUGUGGUGUGUUUUUUGCAUUCUGAAACUACAGCAGAAAUUUUAUUUAACUUUUAAAGAUAAAAUUAAAAGACCUUUGAGCAGUGACCAAGUCUGGGAAAGCAUAUACCAAACAGCUAUCUGGGAAAGCUUUGAUCCAAUAGGAAGAACGGUUUGACACCAUACAUCGAAAUCCGUGUUCCAAAGCAAAGCCAAGGAUAUCAAAGCCAUUUUUUGUCAACAACUGCAUUUGUUUUUGUCAUUCAGAGAUACAAGAAUAACUGGUUCCCAUAGAAGUAAAACAGAGACAGGGAAGAGUUUAAGGAGACGGUGAGGACUGGCGAUCAAAAUCUUCACAGCCGCAUGCUCUCACUAAUGCUCAAAGCACAGCAGGGCCUUUCACAGCAGGUAAAUAUAUUACUGCUCCAGAUCAAAAGGAGCAAAGUGAGUCAGCUUUUAUCACAGCCUCUGCUCUAAGUCCUUUUACAGUGCUUAUGAUGCCUUCAGGCUCGGGCCUCUUUUCAGGUGGCCCCAGGUCUGUGGGGCAGCACCCCUGUUUCUGCACCAUGGCUGGAUCAGAGCCCACCUCCACCAACAGCCUUGUGACAUGGCUGUGGGGAGGGCAGCAGUGCACAAGUGACCUACACGCUUCUAGAGGAGCAACAGAAGGAUAAUCAGGAGCCCCUGAUAGAGCUCACAGUUUCAGUGUUAAAUAACACCGGCUCACGGCAGUUGAGAGGAGCAGGACUCAUUCCAGAACUAUUAAUAUAGCCCCUAUUUAUACUCCUGGGUUCCUGCAAACGCCACAGCAGAGAGCUACAGCUGCAGAACUGAAAUGGAAUAAAUGUCAGCCUCCAGGGAGAAAGCGAUCCUUUCAGCCAUCAUGUGGAAAAGGAGACAGUGAAAGGACAGAAUAAGGGGCAGUGUUCAGACCUGGGAAAGCAGAGCGAGCUGAUCGUGGCACCCUGAGAAUGCAGCCGGUGGGCAGAGCCAGCCAGUAACCUCCCUGCAGCAGCAAGUCUGUGCUGAGAGCCUGCCAGAAACGCACAUUCAGCGUCACACACAGCACCUACGGAUACCGGCAGAGAUGAGGCAGGGAUUCAAGCUGCUGUCCCGCUGACUCGGCCCCAGCUGUGACUCAGGACAAAGGAGCAAAAGCCUGAAAGGAAGCUCUUGUUUUUUUUUAGUGCACUGUCUGCUGGACUGGAAAGAUGAUGGAGAACACAGGAGGGCCGUAUCUGAACACCGCUGCUGUAACAUCCCCUGUGGGAAUAGUUCGCUUGCUGCAGAUAAUGUUUGGAUGCACCACAUUCAGCCUGGUUGCCCACCAAGGGGGAUUCAGUGCAGCAUAUGGCACUUUCUGCAUGUUUGUCUGGACCUUCUGUUUUGCCGUCACUGUCUUUAUCAUAACCUGUGAGUUCACACAUCUGCACAGCUGCCUGAGCAUUUCCUGGGGAAACUUCACUGCUGCUUUUGCCAUGCUUGCCACACUCAUGUCCGUCACGGCAGCAGUGAUCUACCCACUCUAUUUUGUCCAGCUUGGCUGUUACCCUAUCGGCUGUGAGGUGAGAGACUUUCGUAUAGCAGCCAGCGUCUUUGCCGGUCUCAUGUUCGUUGUGUAUGCCGCGGAGGUGUUCCUGACCAGGGCAAAACCGGGACAGGUCACCAGUUACAUGGCCACUGUCUCUGGGCUUCUGAAAAUCGUUCAGGCCUUCGUGGCCUGCAUCAUCUUUGGGGCGCUGGUGAACGACAGCCAGUACAGCAAAUACGUGGCGACACAGUGGUGCGUGGCUGUCUACAGCUUUUGCUUUGUGGUGACAGUGGUGGUGGUCGCCUUCAGCGUCACAGGUAAGACCGCUUUGCUCUGGUUUCCCUUUGAGCGCUCUGUGGUCGUCUACACCUUUGGGGCCGUCCUGCUAUAUGUGAGUGCAGCUGUCAUCUGGCCGGUGUUCUGCUUCGAUAGUAAGUACGGCUCCCCCCAGCGCCCUGGCCUCUGCGCCAGGGGCAGGUGCCCGUGGGACAGCCAGCUGGUGAUCGCCAUCUUCACCUAUGUCAACCUGCUGCUCUACGUCGUGGACCUGGCGUACUCCCAGCGCAUCCGCUUCGUCUCCCACCUCUGACAUCCGGGUCUGCCUCCGCGAGCUCAUCCUGGCUCCAACAACAGCAGCAAUGAGGGAAGCAGCAGGAGACAGGAUGCAGCAAAGGCAGGCACUGCCUGGGUGUGCCAGGGAGAGCCACAAACCAGACUUCAAGGUUAAGACUGACUGGAGCAGCAAGUCAACAGCCCAUGGUGGGUAGGCUGCCCACCUCCCUGUCAUUCAGCAUCUGCUUCGACCUCCUGGUGCCAGAGCAAAGAAAUUCUGCGGUUCAAAGUAUGCAAAAUGGCCUUUCAUCUCCAGAAGGCAAAAAUGCUUGCUGCAAUAGCAGGUCUGUAGGCUACUGGAUUACUGAGCCAAAUAUUAGGAAAGAUACCAAGGAUUUUGAAACUGUUACCAACACUUAACUAUAAUCAAGUGACUACCCAGGAAGUGGGAAAGUCAAAGGCUGCAUCAAGGAACACCAGUUGUGGAGAUGAAAAACAAUCCUUCAAAGUUUGGGUUAGUCUGGGCUAUGUGGUGAGACAUGAAAUGCUUACAAGUGUGGGAAAUUCCAGUCAGGAUGUUUCUGAGAAGAACAUAGCUGUAGUAUUAUUUCGAAGGUUACCAGUCAUCUCCCUCUCCCUUUUCUCUUCAGCACCAAAAAAAGAAUAUCCUCAAGCAUGCGCCUUGGUAGGAAGCAUGGGAUAUUCUUAUUUAGCAAACACCGAGUCAUUACAGAAAUGAAAAUUUGUGAAAUCAGGGUUCUACUGCCAGGAAACUGGGUGCAGAACAGAGCCAAACUGCAAAAUAACUGUAUAAUCGGACACCUUCACUCGAGCAGGACCAGAAGGUAUCUUGGCAUGCACUUUGUCUCAGUUCAUAUGCCACUGUUUCUUUACACUGAUGCAUUUUUUUUUCCUAGAGGAUUAAAGAUAUAUUGGGGGGGGGGGGGGGGGGGGGGGGGAGUGGGGAAUAGGAUGCAAAGAUGAAUUGAUUUCACAGCUCUGCAUAAAAGACCAAACUUGUGUGGAAAAAACCUUGCACGUAAUGUUAACAAAUUCAGAGUGCUGCCUCAGACCAGAUCAGGUUCUAGGAUUCCCGAACUCUUUGUGUCACCAACCAGCUGCAUUUCUCUGACCCAUCCCUCACAAAACACCCACUUUGAAGUCUCACAUAGCAUGGCUCAGAUUUCAAGCUUAAUAGAAGAACUGUUCUUCAUUUCUGAUCCAGCAAGAAACCAACGCAGUCUGAGUACUUCUGCUGAAGGCACGCAGACUAGAUAGGUUUGAUUAAAAUCUAGAAGUAGCUGUCAGAAGCAAGAUUUAUUUUUUAACCAAAUUAAAAUAAAGCUGAAUGGCAGACUUGCGUACUACAUCUCCAGAGGUUUGUGUACUUUCAUGUUGCUCUCUGCACAGCUGUUAUUUCACCAGGCAUAGCCCUUCUGCUUUCCGCCAGAAAGCACAGUUCAAUUUAUUUUGAUGUAUGAAGCCUGAAUGCAGCCCUAAAAAAAUGUAUGGACAAGACCGCCAAGACCUCUGACUGACAUUCUUUGUAGCAGACUCACUCAGGAAAAGGGAAGGAAAUGCAUUUUUCAUUGUUGUUUGUAUGGGGUUUGAAAAGCAAAGGAAAAAUAUAUGUUGGGACAGAUUGCAUUGGACAAUUCUGCUACUUUGACUAAGAACCAGCAUUUAGAACUGGGAACUAUUAGUCCAUGAAACAGGACAAGAAUCGGUAUCUAUCAUAAAGGGAGUGCACUGAACAGCCUUCCAAGGGAUUUUUCUCUUGCACAAAUUCCCAUUAAGGGCAGGAAAUUUUGAAAAUAAUGGCCCAGCAAGAGGCUGGCCAGCUUCUUCCAGGGCUGGAUUUAAGACUAUCUAGUAUAGGUGUAAGAAAGGACAUUAGGGAGCUUUAUUGCUUGCAAACCAGACAAUCCAAGGUGUUGUGCAAACAAGAAAUACUACAUUUGGAAAAUGAAUUAUUUGUAUUAGCGCAGGCAAUGUACAAAUAGAGUUACUGCAUACAAAAAGAAUCUAGAGCACUUAUGAUGUAUUUUUUUUAAACCUGUCAACCUGGACAAAUUAAGCUGUGUAGUGCUUGGAAAUUAUUUAGCUUUUGUUAUUCCAGAGUGGAAAAAAAAAAAAAAGGUGACAGUGAACCAUCCUGAUUUCUGUUAUAAAAUUUUAACCUGAAGGGAAAAAUAUAUAUACAUAUUGUUUUAAGAAAGCAUCUUCUUGUAGACUCCGUCAUGGCUACAAGGGGCUGGUGGAAACCAGGGAGAGGGAUGUCAGUGACAGGUGCCCAGCAGAGGCUGCUUGCCCCAGAGGUAACACUGCCAAGCUCCUCAGCUGGUUAACACCUUUUUUCAGCUAUGUAUUUUGCCUGCUUCUUGCUGUGAAGGUUUUGCACCAAGCAGUUAGCAGGAGUAUGAUUAAAAAUCUGCUAAUGGCACAAGUUCGUGCAAUUUAUACAAUGCCAGGGGCAUAAAGCAAGGCCCAAGAGAAACAGGCAACUGGGAAACAAUUGGGGUAAAAUUUAGUGUCUCAACAGCAAGGAGGAAAUAGAACUUAACAUGGAAAUCAUGAUACCACUGACUGGAGGAGUGGAAAGAAUAGUCAUUGCCAAGAACAGUGUGUUCAGAUUUAGCUUUCUCAUCUGCCAGCCAAAGACUGAGCAAAAAAUGUUAGCAUGGUCAAAAUGGCAAAAAAAAAAUAAAGAUUGUGUGGACAACAAUCCACUCUUUUAGGGGAAAAAAAAUGAAAACCUCAUGCUUUAGUGGUUAAAACACCCUCUAACCAUUGGAAACUAUGAGAUUACCCAAUCUAGGACAGAGAACAUCCAAUAUCUGCUUAAUAUGAUUUUAACAACCAACCCUAUUAUGAUCCAAUUAAUUAAAAAGCCUUUUAUUUCCAGAGCUCAUCUUUCUCCUUAAUUAGUAAAUUAUGAUCAAGUAACUUGUAUUCUGCUGCAAAGCAGGCUUCCUAAGAUCAGUGAUUCUCAAAGUUUUUGUUAAGCUUAUGUCAGAAUGCACAUGUGCUUGUUUAGAACUAGGGAUUUACGCUUGCAGACAGCCUACAC